AUGCGAAGUGUAUUCACCAUAGUCACACCACUUCCCGCGUGUAUCACCCCGGAGACAGUGCUUAAGUUGCUACAUUCUCAUGCGGACAUGAUCAAAUUGAAUCCAUUGGUCUGCAAUUUCCAGCGAUGCGACCCUCCCGAGGAUACCCCGGCGGAUGAGCAGGAGUUCAUUUGGUACGAGAUCACGGACAAGGUUGCAUACCUGCCAUGGAAUCUGCUUUCCGGGGAAGUGACGUUCAAAGCAUGCUUUUUUGACCUCCGAACGGGCCUGCAGACCCAUGUUUACGCCCCCAUGGGCUUGGACAUGAAGGAGACUUGGAGCGUUGAGAGCAAUGUGAGCGAGGACCCUACAGAAGCGAUCGCUUCUGGGCUAGCGGGUGAGCCGAGUCGGGGGUGGUGUUUGAGAGAAGAUAUUGAUAUGCAAUGCAACAUGUUGAUGACCGGAUUUGUGAAGAAGACUUUGAAGACAGCACAUGCCUCACUUAUAGACCAGUUGAUUCUGAGACUUAAUCAAGGGAAUUAG